GGGUGGAUUUAUCUUUCGGGUGUAAGUGCAGAGGACAUGGCAUAUUGGUACUAGUUAUGAAAAGGCAAUUUUUUACCUCAAUUAACACUUAAACGUAUGUACACUGUUUAAUGCACAUGUUACGUUAACUGUGAAACAAAUGGUUUUUAUGGAAUAGAACGAGGCGUAGUUGAGAAGACUGCACAGGGUGGUAGAGUGUUAGUUCCAAGAUUGGCUUGCUUUACCAUGAAUGGACAUUCAGAAACGAAUCCUGCAAAGACUGAACAUGAUCAUAUGCCAACAACCUCUGAACAAGAGGAGAAACCAAACAUUGUACAGAGAAUGGCCAAUAAAACCACCUGCUUCUUUGAAACAGGAUUUGAAAGGAUUGGCAUUUUGAUAAGUACACACCCAUGGAAAACAAUACUGGUAUCAACAAUCAUCGCAGGCCUUUUCAGCAUUAGUAAUGUCGUCAGUUUCACAGAAACAAACAGACGACAACAGUGUGAUCUGGGUAACAUCAGAUGCAGAAGUGGUGACCCACAAGAAAUACGUAGAAAGUAUCUAUCCCUCAACAACAAGAUUUUUCUACCUGAUUUGGGUUAACAGUAAUGUUAUGACAAAAACAUCCAUACAGAAUGUAAGCUCUGAUCAGUUUGAUUUUAUAGCAUUUUAUGGAAAUCGAAUAAUGCAUGAACUUUUAAACCAUUGAAUCUUGAUGAUUCAAACCUUGCACUUGAUAUGUUAACGUGUAUUUAUACCAAAGAACAGACACGUUCGUUAAUAGACAAUGAACACAGUGAACCUGGUUAUUGUGAUAUAGGAUAAAUUAGAAACAAU